ACGGCGGCGGCGUGGGGUUCGCUGUGUGACACAAUUACAACAACUUUGUGCUGGUGCCGGGGAAGUUUGUGUCUCCUACGAAUCCCCCCAGAGCUCCCGAUCCCCGCGCUCUCCGGCCAUUCCCGCCGUCCCUGCCUGUGGCUGCCCCCUUCCCGCCCCCGCGAUGUGACCCUACAGCCGAGCCGUCGCCGCUACCGACCCAGUGGCUCCAUAGCCCCUGCUGCCGCUGCCUUCACCUCUACCGCGUUGGGAUUUUUCCGCCGCCUUUCGCGGCGGAGGAGGAGGCAGAGAUAAAGUUGGUGUGCCGGUCCCGUGCGGAGAUUGGGAGCGUCGUUGCGGGCCCCGGCCCGGGGAGGGGGGGUGUCGGCGUUGGAGUUGUGAAUUCGCUGCGUUUCCAUGAAAUCCUGCGGAGUGUCGCUCGCUACCGCCGCCGCCGCCGCCGCCGCCGCUUUCGGUGAUGAGGAAAAGAAAAUGGCGGCGGGAAAAGCGAGCGGCGAGAGCGAAGAGGCGUCCCCCAGCCUGACAGCUGAGGAGAGGGAGGCGCUCGGCGGACUGGACAGCCGCCUCUUCGGGUUCGUGAGGUUUCAUGAAGAUGGCGCCAGGAUGAAGGCCCUACUGGGCAAGGCUGUUCGCUGCUACGAAUCUCUGAUCUUAAAAGCUGAAGGAAAAGUGGAGUCUGAUUUCUUUUGUCAAUUAGGUCACUUCAACCUCUUAUUGGAAGAUUAUCCAAAAGCGUUAUCUGCAUACCAGAGGUACUACAGUUUACAGUCUGACUACUGGAAGGUUGGUACACAUUUUCAUGCUUAUUUCCUAUUGUUUUUUUUUUG